GGCUCUGCACCGCGGCUCUCCUGCCGGGACAUUCCCUGGCGCCGAUGGAGCGCGGGGCUUCGGCUGCGGCUUCUGCCCGCGUCCAGGUCCCGGCCAAGUGCGAGCGGGGCCCCCAUCGGGUCUUGGAUUCCGCCGGUGCCGGGGCAGCCGAGCUCAGCAUCCCCGGGCGCCGUGUGCCGGGGCUGCCUCAGGCUGACUUCUCGUCCCCAGCGAUGGCCGAAGAGCUCCGGGACCUGCUGCGGGAGUUUGAUGAAGUGAUGGAGGACUUUGACAGGGGCCCCACGCCUCAGUACGAGCAGCAUCUGGAGGAGCUGAAGAGGAAAGCAGGGACCAGGGUGUACGACAGCGGCAUCGACGAGCUGGAGAGUACCAGCACAUCCCCAGGAAGCAGCCUCAACUCCAGCGAGGAGGACCUUAACACCCCGGCCAGUGCCUACCCCUCCAAAGCAAAGCUUGGCAACACACAGGAGCUGGAGGAGUUCAUUGCGGACCUGGAUAAAGUGCUGGAAGAGAUGUGAGACGUGGUUUUAGUGGUGACUUUGAAGACAAGAACCUGCAGCAGAUGAGCCCUGUGUAUUCCUGAUACAGCCUCUGCUUCUGCACCCCUGCUGCCCCACCGCCUGCAGUGACACCCUGUGCCAGCCACCACAGACUGCCCCAGCUAUGGGGACCCUGCUCUGCUCCUGCAGCACUCUGCCAGAGCUGAGACGAAGAGAGCUCUUGGUGGAGGAUCACAGAGGAUUCCAGACUGUGUGCUGGGUGGGACCUUACAGCUCUUCCAGUUCCAACCCCUGCCACAGGCAGGGACACCUUCCACUAGAGCAGCUUGCUCCAAGCCCCUGUGUCCAA